UGUCCUGGAUUCGAGCCCGUCGCAAAACUCAUUGCGGCCACUCUACGCCUCGAAACAAUCGCAGCUAUCCGGGAGGCCUGGUUUUUGGGGGAGGGAAUAAAAAAGACAAUCUCACUGCCACAACUAUCAUUCGAGGAACGCUGAAACCAUUUUUGGGAGAACCAAAACUCCUCUGUAACGAGCCACGGCCGGAGACCAGAGUGACAUGAGGCUUAUCAGCGACAAGAUAAAGGGCUGCUUGGAGGGUGUUGUUGCGCCGGUGAAGGAGAUGAGUGUCUGAAUCGAGCAGGGGCUUGUUUCUCUGCAUUUGACGGCACUGUACCGGUGACAACAGUCAAUCUCUGCCGGCGGACGCAUCUGGUGUGAUUCAGGUGAACUGUGACUCUUGGUUUUGGUUAAGCAAUGAUUAAACUUUGUGACCCCAGAAGAAAGUUAUACUCUAACUCGAGAGUUUUUGCCAAAAUGUAUGGUGCAAAUGAACGACUGCAGGACAUUUCAGAUAUAACUAGAAAAUUAUGCAAGGUUAUAAUGUCCUCUCCCACAUUAGCACUUGAUACUGCUCUAAAUCAAACUGGGAUUAGAGUUUCACCGGAUAUAGUUGAGAAUGUUCUUAAGAGAUUUGAGAAUGCCGGUAUGGUGGCAUAUAGGUUCUUUGAAUGGGCUGGGAAGCAGCAAAAUUACUCACACAGCAUUAGGGCAUACCACACAAUGAUUGGAUCUUUGGCAAAGAUAAGGCAGUAUCAAAUCAUGUGGGACCUGGUAAAUGCUAUGAAGAAAAAGGAGAUGCUAAAUGUUGAGACCUUUUGUAUUAUUAUGAGAAAGUAUGCUAGGGCUCAGAAGGUAGAGGAGGCUAUUUACACAUUUAAUGUCAUGGAAAAAUAUAACAUAUCUCUGAAUCUCGCUGCCUUCAAUGGUUUGCUGAGCGCUUUAUGCAAGUCCAAGAAUGUAAGGAAGGCUCAAGAGAUCUUUGACCGUACAAAGGAUAGAUUUAUUCCAGACUCAAAAACUUACAGCAUAUUGCUUGAAGGAUGGGGAAAGGCUCCGAAUCUUCCAAAAGCAAGAGAGAUUUUCAGAGAAAUGGUUGACGUGGGAUGCAACCCUGAUAUAGUCACCUAUGGCAUAAUGGUUGACAUUCUUUGUAAAGCAGGAAGAGUUGAUGAAGCUGUUGAGGUUGUUAAGGAUAUGGAUGCCAACAAUUGCAGGCCAACAUCUUUCAUUUAUAGUGUCCUGGUUCAUACAUAUGGGGUUGAACUUCGGAUUGAAGAUGCUAUUGGUACAUUCCUAGACAUGGAAAGGAAUGGAGUUAAGGCAGAUAUUGUGGUUUAUAAUGCCUUGAUCAGUGGUUUUUGUAAAGUAAACAAAUUUAAGAACGUUUAUAGAGUCUUAAAUGAAAUGGAAUCCAAGGGUAUCACUCCUAAUUCAAGGACCUAUAACAUAAUCAUAAGUAGCUUGAUAGGUAAUGAUCAGAGUGAUGAGGCUUAUAGUGUCUUUCGCAGGAUGAUUAAGUCUUGUGAACCAGAUGCUGAUACUUAUACAAUGAUGAUAAAAAUGUUUUGUGAGGGAAAUGAUUUGGAGAGGGCUCUUAAAAUAUGGAGAUAUAUGAAACGAAAACGGUUUGUCCCAAGCAUGCACACUUUUUCAGUCCUUAUAAAUGGGUUGUGUGAGAAGGGCAAUGUUACAAAGGCUUGCGUUUUGUUGGAAGAUAUGAUAGAGAAGGGAAUUCGGCCCUCAGGUGUCACAUUUGGGAAGCUAAGACAGUUGCUUAUUAAGGAAGGGAGAGAGGAUGUGCUCCAAUUUCUUCAAGAGAAGAUGAAUCUUCUUGUCAAGGAGCCACUUUUUGAUUAAAAAGCAUUACAAGAAAUCAGAAACUGGCAAAUCAAUUUUGCAGUCAAGACCGUUGGAUUUCAAUGCCCUCCCAAUUAGUUUGGAUGUUAGCUGCCAACAGCAAUAAAGGACCAACAUUUUCAUCAGUAAAGAUCAAAGCUGAUACACGGCGCAACACAAAGAGAUUAAAGCUUUAAAGGUUAGGAGACCGUAAAUUAUUAUGCGUGUUGACGGUGAAAAGAAUUCCCUUGCCAAUCAUGUGGACUGUAAACCACGAGCUUCAAGAACACUGUGAUCUGAGUCAGAUAUUCGUUUUUCGAUUAUUAUUCACCGUACAGGAGAAGUCAACUUGCUGCACUUUCAAGGUGUUGAAAGUUGAAACGUGAUUUUGGCUUUGGUUUUGCCAAAAUGUAGGUUUGAAACCAUCCAAACAUGUUUCCAAACACUCUUUUGGGGGAUAGGUUCCAUAGCACAUGUAUAACCUUCACAAUAGUUUAGUUUCAAACUGGACGGAUGCACUAAGCCCUAUC